UGUCGGCAGGAGGAAUAAAAAGAAGAAUCUGAUGAAAGGAUGGCGGCCAAAUCCGACGGAGGAGGAGGAGGAGGAGGGGGAGUGAUGAAGAUGAAGAAGAGCGACGUGGCCUUCACCCCGCUGCAGGACUCUGAUCUGGGGGGGCCGCCCCCCCCGGGCCCGGGGCCGGGCCGGUACUCGCCCUGGGACGGGCUGUGGGUGCUGUGCGCGGCCGCGGUGUGGGCUGCGGACGCGGCCACGGACGCGUGGCUGAGCGGGGACUACUACCGGCGCGGGGAGCUGUGGUGGUUCGGCCUCACGCUGCUGUUCCUGCUGCUGGGGUCGGGGGCCGUGCAGGUCUUCAGCUUCCGCUGGUUCCUGCACGACUUCGGGCCCCCCCCUGGGGGGGCGGAGGGUCCUGGACCCGGGGGGGCCGCCCUGGACCACGCCGACCCCCCCACCGCCGCGCACAUGGACGGGAAGGUGAUGAGCGGAUCCCAGUCCAAGGGAGACGUGACGGCGGCCCCGCAGGGGGCCCCGAGCCCGGGGGGCCCCAACAGCACCGGGGGCCCCCGGGCCCCCCCCCUACUACUGCUGCGUCUGGUUCUGGGGGGCCCUGAUCCACGUCCUGCAGCUGGGCCAGAUCUGGAGCAAAGCUUGGUUACUGAUAUGUCCAGUGUACUGGUUCUGGUCUUUGAUUCUCUGAUGGAUGAUGUCUUCCAGCUGUAG